AUGCAGACUGAAACUAAAAAUACAUUGCUGGUUUCAACAUCUUUUUUUCUUUUAUUCUAUGCGGUUUUGAGUGUUGGUAAGAAUUGGUUUUCGAAUAAAAGUUGUGUAUUUCUUAACUGCACCUUUAAGAAUCAAUUCUUCAUCCAAUGAUCGAAAGUUAUUCUCGAACUGGAAAAUACAACAUUGAAUCGACUGAUGCGUUUACUGGUCUUUCUAUUGUUUUCACAGUCAGCGCUAUAACUUCAUUUAUUGUCUCUCCAUUAGUUGAUAUUCUUACUCCAAAAUGGGCAAUGGUUAUUGGAAUGUCAACUAAUUGGUUGGCACAAUUUCAAGUAUUUUAUCUCAAUCGAUAUUUUAUGUUCAUUGUUAUGACACUUUUAGGAAUUGGAACUAAUUGUAAGAUAACUGAUUACUAACAAAGUAUUUCAUCCGAUUGUUAAUUAUUCUUACAGUAUGUUGGAUCGGACAGGGAAAAUAUAUUACUAAUAAUUGCACUGAUCGAAACAUCACGAAAAAUACAUCACUUCAAUGGGGAUUCUAUAAAAUCAGUUUGAUUUUGGCUGGAAUUACUUCUCUCCUAUAUUUUUGGAAUACAGAUGUUGAUAAAGAAGUUAAAAGUGGCAGAGUUAGUGGAUUUAUAAGUGCCUUAACACAUUUCGAUUUUCAGAUCAAUUACUAUUUAUAUUUUAUGCUGGGUGUUACAACACUUGCAAUUGUCAACACUGCCUUUUUGCCAACUUCAAAUAUAGUUGAGAAUAAGAAAAAGUAUCGAGAGUUAUUGAAAGAAAUUGAUAAGCAAAUGAGAACAAGGAGAACUUUACUUUUAUCAACGAUUUAUUUGUUGUUAGGAGUGUCUAGAGCUUUUUGGUCCGGUAAGUAAUUUAAACUAGAUCAAAACCUAGACUAAUUCUUUAUUCUAUUACAGUCAUUUUUCCAUCAAUCGUGAAAUUUUCACGAAAUAUGGGUGGAAAUACUUCAAGAUAUUUGGGAAUGUCAGUAAUUGCAACUGGAGUUGGACAAGUUUUCGGAGCAUUUUUGAUAACUUGGUUAGGUGUGAGAGCAAGAAAAAUAGGUAGAAAUAACAUUGUGAUUUCAACAAUGUUGGCACAAAUUAUUGUUUUGGUUUUGAUUUGUAUCAGUUUUCCAAAUGAUGCUAUAAAAAAUCACUCGUUUGGAAAUGGAUUAUUAAUUACGCCAAAGUGAGUUUUCGAAAUUGAAAUUGAAAAUUAUUUUCAAAUUUUCGUAAUAUCUCGGUCACGCGAGAAAAACAAAGCAGAAAAUAGUAUUGCAGCAUUUAUGUCACAUUAUUCUGUUCAACAUUGCUAGGAUUUGCUGAUGCAGUUCUUAAUACUCAAGUUUACUCGUAUAUUGCCGAUUUUUACAAAGAGGAAAGCAGUUCAGCUUUUUCGAUUUUCAGAUAUUUUUGUGUAAGUUCGCGUGAAUUUACUCCUGAAGUUUUUAAAACAAGAGUUUUUAGGCUAUCACAACAAUGAUCAUUUUCAUUGUUGCAAAAUACUUCAACUUAUAUGUGAUAGUUGGAAUUUACGGAAUAAUGUCAAUUAUAUCUAUGGUUUCUGCACAUUUUAUCAAACCUGAUGCUUCUCAAUCUGUCGUACCAGCUUAA